GUUCAAUACACGUUGAGAUGAAAAUAAAGGAGUGGGGGUAAACGUGGAGUGUUCUCACUUUCUAUUGGUUCUCUGUGCCGGCAACAACUAAUCAGUGUUCUGUCUUAAAGAUCUUCUUCUCCGUGAGUUUCAUUAUAAGAACAAAACUCAUACUUCAUCGUUUCUUCUACAUCUUGUGAGAAAAAUGCCGAGCAAGUGUGAAAUCUUGUGCGAGAUCUUGAUCGCGAUCCUUCUUCCUCCUGUGGGAGUUUGCCUCAGGCGUGGAUGUUGCACUGUGGAGUUCUUGAUUUGCUUGGUCCUGACUAUCUUAGGAUAUGUCCCUGGCAUAAUAUACGCACUUUACGUGAUUGUGUUCCAGAACAGAGAUGAGUACUUCGAUGAAGCCAGACGCCCUCUCUACUACUCUGCUUGAUCAGAUAUCUGUUUGUUUCUUUGAAACUGUUAAACUCUUUGUACCUAAUAAGUUUGAUUUGUAAUGUGUUUACUUGUGUACUGAUGAGAUUUGUGAAAACAUUGUGUGUUUGUUUUU